CAUUGGAAAGGCACAAGAAAAAGCAUAAAAUAAAAUAAAAUAAAAUGGCGAAGAAGAUGAUUGCAGUGUUGUUGGUGUGCAUUGUGGUGGUGGCUGCAUUGCAGGUUUCGAGUGCCACUGAAAGCGCGAAGGAGGCCAAAUAUGAGGCUAAAUUUGAAGCCAAGUAUAGGUUAUGCUACGAAAAAUGCGAGAAGGAAUGCCUUGAAAAGGGCAAUGGCCAAAGCUUCUGCGAAGUUAAGUGCGAUGAAGAUUGUGGUGAGAAAGAAGCCGCUGAUAAGCUACACAUCAAGGUGAAGAACUGAAUAAUGGAAUGCAAAACAAACAGGGCUCUUAACAAGGAUCUAAAUAAUAAUUGUAUUCAAGUUUAAGCUUGUAAGAUGGAGUUUCAUAAACCUUCUUUCUCCUCAAUUUUUGAGAAUUUGAUAUGAAUCAUGAAUGUUAUCUCCAUAUGAGUUAUUUGUUCUA